AUGUCUUGUCCGUCAAGUCCUGGAAGCGGCGCCACUAAUUUUACUUCCUGCUCAGCUGUCCUGCCACCAACUGGAAGCAAAGCCAGUGUCGGUUCUCCUUGCCCUAGUAAAACAGGCAGCUCUGGGUUUAAGGGAGCUGGUUACUUUAGUAGCCGCAGCCUGUCCUGCUACAACUACAAAGGAUCUAGGGCCGCACUCGGUAGCUGCCAUGCUGCUAGAUACGGAUAUGGCUCUCGGAGGGGCAGUUCUGGAUUGGGCUACUCGGGCACUGGAUAUGGUUUUGGCUCCCACGGUUCUUAUGGGUUUCGACGUAGUGGAGCCAAUUUCUCGGGCACCCCCUUCAUCACGCCUGUCACUUGCAAUGAGACUCUGCUUCAACCACUCAAUCUGGAACUCAACUCUUCGGCCCAAGCCCUGAAAUGCCAGGAGAAGAAUGAACUUCAGUGCCUGAACAGCAAGUUUGCUUGUUUCAUUGAUAAGGUCCGAUUCCUUGAGCAGCACAACCUGAUGCUGAAGACCAAGUGGGACUUCUUGAAAGAAAAGAAACGGCAAAAAAGUAACAUGGAGCCCCUUUUUAAUGAACACAUCAGUAGUCUGAGGAAGGAACUGGAAAGCCUAGAGUGGGAAAGGUCCCAGCUGCAGGCAGAAAUGAACAGCUGGCGAGAAACCAUGGAAGGGAGCAAGAAAAGGUUUGAAGAGGAAUGCAACAGAAGGACAUCCGCUGAAAAUGAGUAUGUGGCACUUAAAAAGAAAGUGGAUUGUGUUUUCAUGGACAAGUCAGAGAAAGAAGCCAAGGUGGAGGCCCUGAUACGAGACAUCUGCUUUUGCAGAUCUACUUUUGAGGAGGAAAUUAGUGAGCUGCAGUCACGCAUCUCAGACACGUGUGUCACAGUGAAAAUGGAUAACAGCCGAGCCCUGGACGUGGCGUGCAUUGUUGAAGAGUUCCGGUGUCGUUAUGAAGACAUCGCCUCCCGGAGCCGAGCUGAGGCAGAGGCUUGGUGCCACUGCCAGUAUCAAGAGCUGAGGACAACUGCUGCCAAACACUGUGACAACCUACGCAAUGUCAAGGAUGAACUUAGUGAUCUAACCCGGGUUGUUCACAGAACGGAAGCAGAAAUCGCUAACGUCAAAGCCCAGCGUUGCAAACUGGAAGAAGAGGUGGCUGCAGCUGAGGAACGUGGGGAGAUGGCGGUGAAAGAUGCCAAGUGCAAACUGGCUGACCUGGAGGAGGCCCUGCACAAGGCCAAGCAGGAUAUGGCCUGCCAGCUCCGGGAAUAUCAGGAGCUGAUGAACCUCAAGCUGGCCCUGGAUAUUGAGAUUGCGACAUACAGGAAGCUGCUGGAAGGAGAGGAAUGCAGGAUGGGCGAAGGAGAAUGUGCUGUGAAUAUCUCUGUGCAAAGGAGUCAGGGUGCCGUUGUGUGCAACACUGACACCGUCUGUGGGCCUGCAAGAGGAGGAGCCAUUCUCACCAACGGGAAUGACGCUUGCCACUCUGGAAGUUUCAAAAGAGGCAUUCCAGCAGGCUGCGUCCCUUUUGUAGAGCCGGGUCACCUUUGUGGAGACAUGUGCAGCCCUCAUGGAUUCAGCACCAGAAAUGUAAAGGGCGGCAAUGUUAGGUUUGUACCCGCAGCUGUUCCCUGUGGAUCAAGAGGCUAA